AUUCAUUACCAUCAUUGCCUUUCAACUGGACAGGGUUUACACCGAAACAUUGUCCAACCAUGACUAUCUCAGGAAAAGUGGUGGUUGUCACUGGUGGAUCUAAGGGGAUUGGCAAAGCCAUUGCCCUUAAAGCCGCUGCGGAAGGGGCCAACGUCGUUAUCAACUACUUGAGUGAUGUGCAAGCGGCCAACAAUGUCGUUGUGGAAAUUGGGAAUGAUCAUGCACUCGCAUUUCAAGCCGAUAUUGCCAAGAUGGAAGAGAUUGCUAGGCUGAUUGAUGCAACUAUAUCACGCUUUGGACAAAUUGAUGUCCUAAUUCCUAAUGCCGCGUUUAUUCCAAACUGCAGCCUACGCACGAUGACUGAGGAGGACUUUGAUAGAGCUUUCGCUGUUAACGUGAAGGGCCCUUGUUUCCUUGCGAAGCAAGCCGUACCACAUAUGAGUCCUGGCAGUACUAUUAUUUUCAUUUCGAGUGAUGUGACCGACUCAUCCACCAUUCUACCACAAUUCCUCCUGUACGUCUCCACGAAAGGUGCCAUGAACCAGACAGUUCGAGCCUUGGCGAGAGACCUUGCAACUGCUGGCAUUCGAGUCAACGCCGUCUCCCCUGGACCAACAGGUAGAGACGCCCUUUACCAUGCCAUGGACGAUGAGAAGGUUCGGAUGCUCGCGAGCCACAACCCAUUCAAAAGAAUCGGAGAGGCAGCAGAGAUAGCAGCGGUGGUUAGUAUGCUAUGGUCAAACGAUAGCGCUUGGGUUACAGGGCAGAUACUUAAGGUGAAUGGCGGUAGUAUACUAUAAACGCGCCUGACAGACAUAGAUUAGGGACCAGUGCAGGUGUCGGCCGGAGCCCCUGGCUCCGGACCCCGCGCAAGCAUUCCUCUCACCAUUCCAUCGAACAUUCCUCUCAGGACUCACGAGAUACAGCGAUUGGAGCAGUAAUAUUGGAUAGCCCCUGUUUCCUUAUUUAGUUUAGUCAAUUCCUGUGCUUAAAUAGUGCUGUUUCCCCAGUUAUUCAGAAUGACAGACCUCUCAACUUUUCCAGAUCCUCCACCUAGAUCAACGGCCCGGCUGACAGCAGGCGAUUUAACGGAAUGUCAUACCAUACCACCUUGAAAGACGGGAAAAAUAAACCUCACCUCUAUGAGACUCAUGUGGAGAGCAUGAAACUAGCAAAGCAAGAUUUC